GCCUCAUCCAAUUUCAGAGGAACCAGCAGUGACAUCAACUCAAGCUGAUAUCCCGAGGUAAAUAAAUUUAUUUAAAUUCUCCUGAUUAGAGAAUAUUUUAGAAUUAAAGAAAACAAACAAUGGCUGGAGAUUUGGCAGAUUCAAGUGCUGUUAGUGUUAUCCAAGAUACAAUGGCAAUUUUAACAGGUCUAAUCUCCUGUUGCUGCUUGGUCAUACAUGCAACAUCAAAAUAUCCGGGUAACAUAAAGCAGACAUACAGUACAAGCUAAUUGUUCUUUUUUGUUUUUACAACCUUUUUUGUUCAAUCCUUUACUGAGUUACCUGAUAAUCGAUAAAUUUGUAAUGUGCAACUCUUUGUCACAUCUUGCUUAGUUAAAAAUACUCCAACCAGGAAUAAUAUAUGAAUAUAUAGUUUCGUUUUGAUAAGAUUCGAAAUGAGCUAACCCUUUUUUAUGGUUGAUUUUACACACAUUGAAGCAAAAAUUGCGUUCCAAAUAAAUAUACCGACAUUCCAUGUCUUAUAAUUUGAAAAUGACUAAUUUAUUAUAACUUUUUAAAUCCUCAUGGAACUCCUACAUCCUGGGGAUAGCGAAGAGGCAUGCGGAAACCGUACCGGCUAAAUGCCAUGCAAACUACUUGGAUCCCUUUCAGGAAAAGUUGGAUUUUUGUUUGUCUGUGCGCUAAAUAGGAGACGCGCGGAUGAACCGAUCGUGCUUCCUUUGACAUUUGAUUUAGGGAGCAGCAGUCUUCCCCACAUCUGCCACCGAAGCGUUAGCAGUUCCCCUUCUAAGCCUAGUGUGUCGAGCACGAAUCGGAGAUGUGAUGGGCGUUAUCGCCCCCUGCCUGUGCAUCUGUGCAGUCACGUCCUCACCAAAUUCUGCAGUAGCUCUCCAAGAUAUAUUAAUUCCAACCAUUGAGGCUACUAUGGCAAGAAAUAAGCGAAGUUUGCUCAUUACUGCAGCCACGCCAAACUGGUGUUGUACCCCUCGUGGGACAAUCUUCCACGAUAUGCUGUGUUCCGCAGUAAGCGUCCCCAACACAGCUUCCUAUAGAAUUUCGAAGGGUAUUUGCAAGUCUACUACUGUCCACUCUAUUUCUAAGCCGUAAUGGUUCGCCUGAACCAUCUGCGUCCAUGGCGCAAGAGCCUGGGAAUGUGGACGACGGACAGAAAACGAAGAUAGUGGAAGACGGACGGAAAUCGAAGAGAGAUGACGACGAACGGAAAUCGAAGAGAGACGGACGGAAAAGGAAGAGAGAUGACGACGAACGGAAAUCGAAGAGAGACGGACGGAAAUCGAAGAGAGACAAUGACGAACGUAAAUCGAAGAGAGACAAGGACGGACGGAAAUCGAAGAGAGACAAGGAUGGACGUAAAUCGAAGAGAGAUAAGGAUGGACGGAAACGACGACGGUCAGACGACUCCAAAGAUCGUAAAGCUGGCUCUAAAUCGCGCAGGAGAAGCAAACGCGAACACGAAGAUUGUAAUGGCGACUGUAACUUAAGUAGACGAAGGUGUUAUAAGAGGAAACUUGAUGAAGCCAGGUGUGAAUACGAACGGAUGAAUAAGAAACUUAUUAAGAUGGAGAUGAAAAACAGCAGAAUCGAGAAAAUCAUUUUACUUUUCUCGAGGAUCGUGCAACCUGAACUGCAGUAAUGCACAGGUGGGGGAAUGGGAUCGUAAAGUAAAUCGAUCCAGGAAACGCGACAGAGCAAUCUAAGGAAUAAGAAUUUUGUCGCUGCAGUCGGACGCCGGACUGAAAAACUCUUUCCGUAUUAGAAUAAGACUCAUGCAUUUUAUACGAUGAUAUACUAACGUAAUAUUAAUUAAUUUUUAUAUAAUCGAUCUCACUUGUCUGAUAUUUAUAUAGUUGUAGAUGGUAUGAUAAAAUUGAAUUUGGCAGGGCCCACAUGAGAACCUACCACCUCUUAAGGUAUCUUUUUAAAGUAGAAUUUUUAAUGUAGACUGUAGAUGACGUAUUUUGCGAAUUAUUUUAUAUACAUUAUAUAACUUACUUAUACUCUGCAAGUUUUUUACACAAUCUUUUGAUACAUCUAAAAGUAGAACAAAUAGUGAUGCUUAACACGCUACGAAAUAUAUUUUUAUCCCCAAAUUAAAAAGGUCGCUGUGACAACACACCAACUAGAUAUGUACUCGUUAGACUAUCGUUUGUGACUUUAAAAUAUUUUAUACGAAUAAAAUAUCACAAUGAAGUGAAAGUACCGACUUUUUUAUAGGUCCAAUACUUAAAAACAUUUUUGGUUUUUUAAAAAACAACUAUGGGUUCGGCUACUUUUUAAGGUAGCUGUCGAAAUAACGGACAAUUAAAUUUAAAUAUUUUAUAGCUUUUUAGCAAUAUAUCUAUUUGAAUAUCAUAUUUAAUCUUAUACGUACUUUAAAGUAUUCUUAAUAUCUUAUAACCAUUUUAAUUACAUAUAUGAAAAGUGUCUUCUGUAGUAAUAAAUAAAGGACUUAGAAAU